AAAAAAUUUAAAAUGGCAGAAGCUACACCUGAAAUCACGUUAUAGAUAUAUGCCUAAGCACUUGAAAAUUUGGAGAAAGCAUACGACAUCUUGCAUACUCCUUAUUCCAAUUUUAUGGUUGAGAGCACAAAAAUCUUGGUAUCUCCUGAUUAUCCAGUUGAAAUAAGAAUCAAUAUUGGAGUGAUGCUGAGGAAUAUUUUGAUCGAAUAAUGGGAAUUGAUAUAGCCUUCUCGUAAAAUAAUACGUGAACUCCUUUUAAAUGGGUUAGUUAUGAAUGUGUCAAACAUGCCUAUCAUAGAAUUGAUUGUAAUCAAUAAUUAAUACUUAUAAGUCAUCAAUAAUCGUAUCGAUAAUUGUAUUGGACCCAAGUCACAUAUGGCCAAGUCCAUUGAUGGAGCUUUUAAAUUGGAUGGACGAUAUAAACGCAGUUGAAUCUAGUUUAGAGCUGUUCUUAUAAUUGUUUGGCAAAUUGAGUGAGACAAAUGGAGAGCAUUAGAAUUUGUUGAAAGAGAUAGUGCCUUCAGUGCUUGAGAAGGGAUUUGGAAUAUUUGCAUAGCCAGAAUUGAAUGAGAUGCUGAGAGAGAAAAUAUUAUUGAUGGUGUACCUGGUAUUGAGAUCAAUUUCAUUUGCUGAUGGAACUGACAAUUCCUUGGUUAAUAAAUGUAUGGACAAUACAUUCUAAAUAUGGAUGGUAUCAUAUACAAAUAUAAUAAUAGUCAUUAUUUUUGUCAGCCUUGCAAACAUCACCAAAAUCACAUAUCUUUAUAAAGAAGUUGGUUUUGAAGAUUCUGAUAGUGAUAUUCAGAGAUUUCGGAGUCUACAGUAGGAAAUCCCUGGCUCUCUCUUUAAUCCCAAUUUGGAAGUUCUUCAACUCCAUAACUCAAUUAUACAUUGGACACAUAGUGUAUUAGAUAGAUGUGGAACAUAUAGACGGAUUGUUUGUGGAGGAAUCAAAAGAGUUGCCAAUUAGUAAUUAAAGAAUAAUAAAUUUAAGAAAUGGUAAAUCUAAGUUGUAAUUAUGUUAGACAUUGAGUACAAAUAUCUGAAUGAGGAUGACGAUUACGAGAAUCACAUCGAAGGAUUGUGUGCAUAUUCUAUAGAGUUGAUUACCAUCUUAGUUACAAAACCAGCUCUUUAUAAUUUAAUUAAGUUUGGAACCUUCCCAUUGUUGAAUACUCUCUCAACAUUUUUGACUGCCACCAAAGAAUAAGAGAAGCAAUGGGUUAAGGAUCCUAGUUACUUCAUACUGAAUGACGAAGAAGAAUUGCUUUAAAAGAGUGUGAGAACCUUGGCCUUGAAAUUGAUUAAUGAUAUGAUUGAGAAAUACGGGGAUCAGUUCAUUCAAUAAAUACUAAUUGUUGGAGAGAAGUUAAUACUUAAUAGAGAUGAGAAAGAGUUCAUCGAUUUGGCUCAAUCCAUCAUAUCCAAAUUGAAUUUCCAGGAAUUAAAAGGACAAUAAUCUAAAGAUUUUGAUUAAGAUAGUGUUAUGCAAUUUAUGAAGGGUUCAAUCAUUACUAUCAACAAUAACCAUUAUCUCAGAUCAUUUAUACAAAAGAGAAAGGAAACUGGUUACUUAUUAUUGGGUAGUUUCUCAGAAGACAUUAUUGUGUUUUAGCAAAAACAUCAGAGCACUUUCGAUAUCAAAAAGUGCAUGUAGAACAUUCUGUAUGAAUUGGAGAAAUAGAGUAAAAUUUCAUAAUACCCUAUUAUUAGAUUCACAUAGUUUAUAAGCUAGAGCUAUUUGGAGUACUACCAGAUAUUCAGAUUUGAUUAGUCACUAAUUCAAAGAACUAUUUGUGCCUCUUUUUGAAUCAGUUAUAGUGUAUUUGGAUUCCAAAUAUCCAAUUACUCUGAGAAUUAUCUCAGUCAAGGCAUUAGGAAAGUAAAUUUAUACAAUAAAUGAAGUUAUGCUUCCAAGAUUCAUAAAUAUAGCAUUCCUUUUGAAUAUAAACAAGAGUUUAUGGAAUCAGUGUUGACUGUGUUAUAAGAGGCAACUCAAGACUAAAUGAUUUCUAUUUUAGAAUCUACAAUCCAUCUAGUUAAAUUCUCACCUAAUUUGGCUACUACUUUAGCAAAGAAUGGAUCGAAGGUUUUAUUAUAGUUUUUCAGUGUUUUCCAUUCAGAAUAAGUUGUUAUUAAACCAUUUAAUGAAUUGAUAGUGAGAAUCUGCUAAUGUAAGGAGGCAUACCCUUAUAUCUUUGAAGUAAUCGCAAUUAUUUAUUCAAGGUGUUCUGUCCAUUCAUUUUGGAUUGUUUUUAGGUGUUCUACGAGGAUGUCCACAAAAUACAAGACAAGAGCAAGAUCAAACAAAGUGAUAUUUCAUUGAUGAGUGCCAUCAUGAACAUUACAUCAACCUUUAUCAAAUUCUGUUCAGAUAGUAAGGCAUAAGAUGCUUUUAUUAAUUUGUUACCUUCGAUGGUUAAUUUGAUUCUGAUUAAUGAAGACCCAUAAUUAUAGGUUCACACUAGUUAAUGUCUCAAGAACUUUAUUAUCAUAGAGACAGGAUAAAUUUUGAAGAUGUAUAUAUGUAUUUACAUAUCAAAUUAGGAAUUUGGUUCAAGAUGUCAUGAAAGUCAACUUAAAAUUAUUGGAAGUCCCUUAGAAUUCAGCCAAUGAAUCAGCCUCCUUAUUUGCAGGUAAUUUAGUUAUGAUUACAAUCAACAAUCUCUUGGAUGGGAAUCCUGAUCUGAAUCUUUUGAAGGCAGUUGUGUUUAAGAUUUACAGAUCUAGGAUGCCAUCGACAGUCCAAUCUUUAGUUUUAGUCUAUGCUAGAAUGAUAAUUGAAAAACCAAAAGAAUCAAUAGCAUUCUUAACCUCUUGGAGCAUUGACAAUAGAAUGGCUCUUAAAGUGCUGAUUGACAAAUGGUUAUUGUAAUAGCCCCUGUUUAGAGGAAAGGGAACUAAGAAUGCCACUUUCUCAGCCUUAAUGAAAUUGUUUUUAGUUAAAGAUAAAACUCUAGAGAACCUAUUAGUUAUUGGGUAUAAUCCAAGUCAUCAGAAUAUCAAUAGUGGUAAUAAUAACAUACAAUAACAUAUAAGAUGUAUAUGCACCAUUCAAAAUCUUGUCUCUGCUUAUACGAUGUCUAGAUAAUGAAAUUGUGCCUUCAAAACAGGACAAUGUCGAUUAAUAAUAAGAAGAUGAUCGUUUGGAAGUGGACAAUGACGAAGAUGAUUUUAAUGAUAAGAGGUAUCAAGAUCAAGUUGAUGUGGAUUUAGAAAAAAUUAAAGAUGAUGAAGAUUAAGACAUUGCAGACAGAUUUGCUGUAUUUUUUAGAUAUCUAUCUAUUUAGUUGUUGGAUCCAAAAGAAAAGAAAGACAAAGGAUUGGCAGAUUUGGAGACAGGAUCAACGUUGUAUAUGAGUGAAUUCUUAGAUUUUAAUCAAGAAGUUGGAGAAGAAUGUGAUGAAACGACUGAAGAGGACUUAACUUAUCUGAAAGAUCCAUGUUUAAAUAUCAAUCUUGUGGUAAUACUGAUCAAUAUAUAACCAAGGAUACUCUUAAAGAGUUUUUCACAAAUUUAUAAAAAAAUGACCAAGAAUAUUUCAAGUUUUGUUUACGCCAUUUACUUAAAGAGGACAUUCUCUUAUUAUAGAAGCAUAUUAAACUAAACUCCUGA